GUUUAAUUAGAAAAAAGAGAUACAUAAUCUAGAUGUCACUUUACUAGGCUCACACAUGUUAUUAUAUAUAUAGCCCCACUAAAAGUUGGAAUCUUCACAUCUGAGAACAAUUUUCCUUUUUGUCUUUUGUCAUCACCAGAACAAAUUGUUUGAAAUUAUUGAGUGUAGCAUAGAUAAAAUGAAUAGUUUCGGUUGCCUUUUAGAAAAUUUGAAGUUUCUUGUUUUUUCUCCUUUUCACAAACUUGCCCAUCUCAAAAAUUUGAUAUGCUAUUUAUUUGUAUUUUACUACCGAUGUUUUCGACUCAAGUUAAACCCAUUUAUUGUCCAAGUAUUAUAUUUCCUCAUCGUUAGUUUCUUCGGUUAUUUAGUUCUAGCUUCUUUGAAACCAAGAACUGACCAUUCCUUCACCCCUAGAAAACUAGACAUGUUCUUUACUAGCGUGUCAGCCAUGACCGUUUCGAGCAUAUCUACGGUGGAAAUGGAGGUUUUCUCAAAUACGCAACUCAUCAUUUUAACCAUUUUGAUGUUUGUUGGAGGAGAAGUUUUCACUUCCUUAUUGGAACUUUACAUCAAACAGUUCAUGUUCAAAAAAAACCAGUACAAGGUCGCUAGCUGCGAUCAUAUCAUUUCUCCCUCAAAUCCAAAUCACGAAAGCAGUACUCAUCAAUUAGAGUUAGAUAUAGUUCUUCCACAGACUCAGACAAUUAAUGAUUUGAGUUGUUUGAAGUAUAAAUCAUUAAAAUAUCUUGGGUUCGUAUUAGUAGGCUAUCUCUUAGUGAUUCAUUUCUUUGGCGCAACGAUUGUUUUUAUCUAUAUGUCUAUUAUUUCUAGUGCAAAAAAUGUACUGAAAAAUAAAGGGCUAAACACCCUCAACUUCUCAAUCUUCACAACUGUGUCCACUUUUGCCAACUGUGGUUUCGUUCCCACUAACGAAAAUAUGAUGAUUUUCAGCAAAAACUCUGGCCUUCUUCUAAUCCUAGCACCUCAGGUUCUUCUGGGGAACACUUUUUUUCCCUCGUGCAUACGAUUUUCCAUCUGGGUUUUGGGAAAACUUAAAGUUGGGAAAGAAAAAUCGGAGUACCUGUUAAGGAAUAAUGGUGAUAAUAUUGGGAACCUUCAUUUCUUGCUUCCGGGUCUGCAUUGUUGGCUGGUGAUUCCUACGGUUUUGGGGUUCAUUUUUAUACAAUUCGUUCUGUUUAGCUCUUUGGAAUGGAAUUCAGAGUCUUUGGGUGGAAUGAAUGGGUAUCAAAAAAUUAUAAGUUCUUUGUUCCAGAGUGUUAAUACAAGAUAUACAGGAGAAACUAUCGUCGACGUUUCCAUAAUAUCUCCGGCCAUCUUAGUCUUAUUCCUCUUCAUGAUGUACAUUCCACCUUACACUUCCUUUCUACCUUUAAAUGGUGGUGAAGAAGAUAACGAAGAAUAUUGCUUAAAUAGUGGAGUUGAACUGAGGAAAAGCAAAGGAAGAAGAAGUAAUAAAGCUAUAGAGAAUUACAUUUUGUCACAGCUCUCAUAUCUACUCAUCUCCAUCAUUCUUGUGUGCAUAGCCGAGAGGAGAAACAUCAAAGAAGAUCCACUAAAUUUCAGUGUUUUAAAUAUUGCAUUUGAGAUUAUCAGUGCAUAUGGGAACGUUGGGUUUACGACAGGUUACAGUUGUAAACGACAGAUAGAAGCAUCUAGGAAUAGUAGUUGUGAAGACAAGUGGUUUGGUUUUGCAGGAAGAUGGAGGGAUCAAAGCAAAAUAAUCUUAAUAGUUGUAAUGCUUUUUGGAAGACUAAAGAAGUACAAUUUGAACGGAGGGAAAGCAUGGAAGCUUUUGUAAAA